AUGUCCUCUGCCACCGACAGACCAUCCAUUGUCCACGCAACAGUUGGAGAUGUUCCUGAAAUCCUCGCCAUGAUCAAGGAGCUUGCCGACUACGAGAAAGAGCCGGAAAAGGUCCUUGCAACCGAAGAUUCCCUCAAACGCACCCUCACUUUCGCACCUGGCGGCAGCACCACGCAACACUCCAACCCCGGCUACGCCAAAUGCCUCAUCCUCCGCACACCCACCGACCGCUCCGACAAGUACAAGUACGCCUCCGACGCACCUGGUUCAGUGGCAGGUAUGGCCCUCUACUUCAACAACUACAGCACAUGGCGUAGCAAGCCCGGUGUUUACCUUGAAGACCUAUUCGUACGACCACAAUACCGAAAGCGAGGGUGGGGCAAGUACCUUAUCCAGGCGCUUGCGCAAGAGGUGUUGAGGAUUGAUGGUGCGAGGCUGGAGUGGAGCUGUUUGAAAUGGAAUGAGCCCAGUCUGCAGUUCUACAGGAGCUUGGGCGCGAAGGAGAUGCACGACUGGGUGCAGUUGCGAGUGGAUGGACAAGCGCUGGUUGAUCUUGCGAGAGGGGAGACGGAGGGUCAGAAGAAAGGGCAGUAA